AGUCGAUAGCAGACGGCCGAAGCGUUGAGACGUCGUCAGUUGCGGGACGCGAAUAACGUGCCAAACAAAAGCCAAGCCAACAACAACUAUCAUUUUAUUUACAACAAAAGCUUGCAAGUCUUUCUUUGACAUUUUUUGUUACUGUGCGCGCUGAGCAAGCAAAGAUGCUCGCAAGCACUUAGUUAGCAUCUGGCAAUCCAUAAGUUAAGUCAGCAGCGAGUAAUCUUAAUUGAUCGGAGAAGAUGGCGCUACGGUUGCGUCGGGACGUGCAGAAGGCCUCCUACUAUGUGUGGUUCCUGGGCGCCGAGGAGGCGAAAGGAUUGCGUGGCGCGCGUGUCAUUAACUCAGUGCUCCCAUAUCUGGUGGACAGAUCGCGCGGCCAGGAGCCGCUCAAGGUGACGCUGCAGGUCUCGCACAAGGGCAUCAAAAUAGUGCAGGGCUCGUCAAAGCAUUUAAUACCACACAGUGCCAUAACCAGCUCCGUCCAAACCGAUGACAUUGUUGCUUGUGUGCUGCUCCUCUAUAAUCCGGCCACCAAAUGUCCCUUGCAUGUGCACGCCUAUCGUUGCGACUCGGAGACAACGGCGGAGGCGUUGCAUUUACAAUUGCAAAUCCUGAUUAAUCGGCCCGACAAUCAGAAGCGCUUCGAAGAACUGGAGACCAGAUUGGGGAUUAUGCCGCCGAUGCCCGCCGGCGGGGGACACGGUCCCAAUAACAAUGGUGGCAGACACAGCAGCGCCGACAAGCGACACGACUCCACCCAGAAGUCGUCGCAUCAGCAGUCACAACAACAGCAACAUCAUCAGCAGCACCAAUCGAGUAGUGGGUAUCCACAUCAGUCGCAGCAGCAGCAGCAGCACCGCCACGAGAUGUCACCGAAACGGUUCAGCAGCUCCUUGGGCAGCGACACGGGCAACAGCACGCGGGAGUCGGAGUGCAGUGAGGAGCAUGGACACGCCGGUUCGCCGGUAUCCAGAUCACCGCCGCACGGCAGCAGCAACAACAACAAUAGCAACAACAAUGGCAGCAACAAUGGCAGCAAGCAUCAUCAGCCGCAUCAUUCACAGCACCAUUCGAACUAUCCACACGGUCAUCCACCGUUGACGGCGCAGCAGAACAGCGAUUUGUUUGACUCGCUGGCCGCCGAGCUGCGCGCCAAGCUGAAUGGCAAUGGGCCGCCGCUGUUGCUGCCGCCACGUGACUAUGAUACAGUGCAUCGCUCCAAGGGCAAUCUGACGGCCAUUGAAUUGCGCCGCUGUCGGAAUGCACUAAUUGUGGGCGGCGCCGGCACGCCCAAAGCUGCAGCAGCAGCUGCAACAACAACAACAUCAACAACAGCAGCAACAGCAGCGGGCGCUGCCCCGCCCACAUUGGCCAAUGGGAAACAGGUGUCUUCACGCGGUUCCUCCGGCAUUGGGUCCGAUCUGGCUCCCAGUCCGGAGCGGCAGGAGUUGAACAGCUCAAGCGAUGAUGAGCACUGGUCGAACGAGGCGGACAAUUCGGUGAUUGCCUUGAAGCCGUCGCAAAUUGCGCUGCCGCAUCACGCGCAGCUUAAGCGGAAGAGCGCGGUGCAGCCGCCAGAGGACAGCUAUCUGCGGGACCUGCCCGCCAAGCCCUAUGUGCCGCGCCAAAGUGAUCGGGAGCGGGAAAGGGAACGGGAACGGGAACGAGAACAAGAACGAGAACGAGAACGAGAACGUGAGAUGGAGCAUGUGCGCACCAAGACGCCAGCAUCGUCGAGCAAGUCGUGGUCGCGCGAGGAUGAAAUUAAACCGAUUAUUAUGCGGCCAGCUGACUAUGAUGCGAAAUUCAAUCGUGUCAUGCAGCUGGAGCCACAGUCGGGUAAGCACGAGGGCGCAGCCAAGUUGCGCGACUCGGACAAAUACAACGAGAUCAAUCGAUUGCUCAACCAGAAGCUAUCCGCUCACGACAGAGACAGAGACAGAGAUAGAGAACGGGAGCGAGACCGGGAUAAAGAGCGCGUUAAACAGCGCUCGUUGCAUAACGAGGAUUUGGAUGACUUUAAUGACUCGGAUCCGUGCAGCGAGCCACAGCUGCAACCACCAGUUUCCGGUUACCGCAAGGAGAAUCUCACGGACAAGCAGAAGUUCAUGGAAUACGCCUCGAAGAAACACCAGCUGAAAUCAUACGCGGCAGAGGAGGCUCAACGCUAUGGUGGCAGUCGGCAUCGCUAUGUGGAUCCCGCUGAGCUGCCCUUCGAGCAACCACUGCCCGUGGGUCACAACAAAUAUGCGGCAGUUCAUCGUGGUUCCGAAGAGCAGCUAUUGACGCGCAACAACAGCAGCAACUGCAGCCAAACGGACCAACGCGACCGCCAUGAUCGCGACAGAGAGAGAGAGAGGGAGAGAGAGAGAGAGAGGGAAAGGGAUCGAGAUCGUGAUCGCGACCAUGAGCACGAUCAUUCGCGGGAUCGCAAUCCGUAUCGCGAGGCGGAGAGCCUGCCAUAUAUACAGAGCAUGGAGAAGAUGAUGAAAUCAACGGGCAUGCGCUACAAUGAGGAUCAGCCGCGCAAGCCGACCAGCAGUCGGGAGGGCAAUCGUCGUGAUGCCAGCGAUUAUGUACGGGAUUAUCCACAAGCAGUUGCAGCAGCAGCAGCCGGAGCCGGAACAGCUACAAGCAGUCAAGUGUCGCCGCGGGAGCGCUUCCACGAUGCCAAGGACAAGUUCCGGGCCAUGGAGCGCACCGGCGGUGGUAGCAAUCGCUACGAAUUGGAUGAGCGCGACAGCGUCAAUGGUGCGCCAGUUGUGCCUCCCACUAACGAUUAUCAUCGAUCAUCGUCGCGGCGACGUCGCGGCUCCGUGGAGCCGUCCAGCUAUGAGCAGUGGAGCGACGAGGAGGAGGAGCUGCUAUCCCCUGUACAACCGGCGGAGUCCAUGCUAAGCCGUUCGCGUGCGCGUUCACGUGAGCAUUGGGAACAGGAGCAGCUGCAGCUGCAGCAAACCAGCGGCAGCAGCAGCAACAUGCGACAUGGCCAGGAACGUGCACCGGAACGGGAACGGGAACGAGACCGGGACCGGGACAGAGAACGAGAUCGGGAUCGUCGCGAUCGCGAUUAUCCCAUGCGACGCGGUGAAGAGCCGCCGCAUGAUCCCUAUCGCCAUGAGAGGGAGCGCGAACGGGAGAGAGAAAGGGAUCGGGAUAGGGAGCGGGAGCGGGAACGGGAUCGGGAGCGAAUUCGUGACAGCCAUCAGUCACAGUCGCAGUUGCAGUCGCGCCAUCAGCUGCGCUCCCAAUCGCGCGAGUGCCUGCCGCCGGCAGAGCCGGCCAAGUCCAGGUCAUCGCGUGUGCCACAUCAAGCCGUCCGAUAUCCAUCGCCGGCACCCAGAGCCAACAGCAACAAUAGUAACAGCGCCGCUGGAUCCGGCACAGGCAAGCCACUGUCCAACAUGCCGAAGGGCUAUCGUCAUAGCUACGCGGAGCCGGUGUUUGCCCGUUCCGGUGGACGCGUUGGUCUCGCCGCAGUCAAUCCCUACUAAGUAGCAGGAGCAGAAACCACUUCAAAAUCAACAUCCUCAAUAACUGUAAAUUACACACACACACACACAUUUAUAUAUAUAUAUACAUUUAUAUAUAAAUAUACACAAACUCCGUCUGGGUGGAGAGGAAUAGCGACCCAAUCCAUGCGUCACAAUUCUGCUGGGCACGUAGUGCCGCAGCAGGGCAGCGCCUGUAAUUAUGUGCCUUCUAAAUAUGUUUUUUAUACAUACAUAUAUGCAUACAUACAUAUAUGCAAUAGCUUAUCAUUAUAUAUGUAUAUCCAUAUCUACAACUGUAUAAUGCAUGUACAUAUAUUUUAUAUACAAAGCUUAAAACGAAACUCAAACAAAUUGAUCCGAGUUGAAAUAUGCAUUUUUUUCGUAUUAAGUUGCGCGGUUGGUUGGUAUAUAUAAAUAUCUUAUUAUAUACAUAUAUACAUGCAUACCAUAUAUAUAUAAAUAUAUACAAGUACAUAUCUACUGUUUUUUUUUAAUCUACAUAAUAUUUGAUACUUGUAUGCAAAGUAAACGUAUAUAGCUGAUGUAUCUAUUGUUAUCGAUUUGAUAUUUGCAUUAAUAAAGCUUAAAAAAAAAACAACAA